UACACUUACAGUCAAUAUCGAACAAGUCACACCGCUCGACGCGAUAUUCGCCGUCCGUCAAUAUCAUAGAAUAUCCUGCACAUGUGUAGUGCACGAUAUUCUAUGAUAUUGACGGAUUUUAAUAUUAUGCAUAAGGAUUUGACAAAUCCAUAAACAUGAUACUUUUUGUAUAAUAGGCCAUUAGGCAUUUAAAUAAAGUGUAAAGAAAAUGAGAAGCACGCGAAAAGGAAAAAAAGUACAAGCAUAUAACACGAGAAGAAAUAAAACAAACGGAGGUAAUGUAAGCAAUUAUGAAGAAAACAUUGACAAAAUCCUGCCGUGUCUAAAAGAAAGAAUCAAAAUACAAAGAAUAUUUAAGGAACAAUUUGCAAAAAAAGGUACGGCAAUAUGCGUAGCUUCAACCAGCAAUACAGUUCACGUUAGCGCCGAACAUCGACGUGAAAAUAGUACUAUAAGUAGUGCCGUUUUUGAUAAUGAUAUCAAUCACGUAGUUACCGAAAAGAGUGAUAUUAUUGAUACCACAGAUAGUCCUGAAAGUUGUGUAAACACCGAAGAAGAUCAAAGAACAUCUUUUAAUGUGCCGGAAAGUGAUGACGAUGCUGACUUUUGUGAUUCAAGCGAUAACCUUUAUGUACCAGAAACCACUGACGAAUCUGAUAAUGACUCUGAUAUUUGUGAUGUAACCUCAGCUACCAGCAACUCUAAGCAGAACCAUCAAGUUUCAUUUGAAAUUCACGAUGAAGCUACCGAAAACAAACAAACUGAAUGUCUUUCUACCGAAGAAAAGGAAGGCGAUAAAAAGAAGAGGAUACGACAAAGGGAUUAUUGUUUUUAUUGUGAAAGUUUAAUUUUAAAUUUCGCUAGACACGUUAUAAGAAACCAUUCUAAUGAACCGGAAGUUCAAAAGGUAUUAUCGAUGCCAAAAAAUACUAAGUCACGUAAACAAAUGCUUACACUCUUGCGUAAGAAAGGAAAUUACAUUACUAACACUCAAAACUCUACGUUGAAGCCAAUGAAAAAAAACAAAUAUAAUAGAAGUGACGACUACUUACCUUGUACUAAAUGCUUAGGAUUUUACUCUCGAAAACAACUAUGGAAGCACAAAAAACUAUGUGAUAGUAAUAAUCUCACAUCAAAUGUUCAAGUUGAUGCACAGAAUUUUUUGGUUCGUAACAUUAAAGUAAAUCAAAAAUUAAAAGAUGAUGUUUUUCCACGUAUGAGGCCAGAUAAAAUAUCUAUGUUUGCGAAAAAAGAUUCUUUGAUCUGUGCUUUUGGAUUGCAAUAUCUUAGGACACAUAGAGAAAAACAUUUUAUAACUGUAACCUCUAGAAAAAUGCGUGAGCUUGGUAAACUAUUAAUAGAAAUAAAAAAAAUUAAACCAAACAUUAGUAGCUUAUUAGACGCCUUGAAGCCGGAAAAUUAUGGAACACUAGUUUUGGCUACUAAAAAUGCAGCUAGUUUCAAUAAUUUAAAAGAUCGUUACGAUUCACCUACUUAUGCCAUGAAUAUUGCAACAUCGCUAAAACAAUGUUGCAAUAUAGCAUUACUUGAGUCUUACAAAGCGGAAGCUGGUAUUAAUAGAACAGAAAUUCAAAUAGAUCUUAAAACACUCACAAGUAUAAUUCAAUCUAACUGGAAAUUUGACGUCUCAAGCCAAGCUGCUGACGACUUAAAUAUAAAACGGUAUAAUAAAACAACAAUUGUCCCAUUAGCAUCUGAUUUAAAAUGUUUAAAAGACUAUCUAAAUAAAACUGCUGCACACGCAGUAGUUAAGCUAUCGGAAUCAAAUAAUUCAUUAAAUUGCAAUGCAUUCAAUGCAUUAAUAGAGUGCGUGUUCUGCCGCCUUUUAUUACUAAACCGACGGCGUCCCGGAGAACUUCAGAGAUUACAAUUGAGUUUUUACGAAAAUUAUGAUAAAAAAGAUAACGAAAACAAUAAAUAUGAAGAAUUUGAUAAAGCACUAUCAGCAACGGAAAAAAUAUUAGUAAACAGUUUAAAAAGAAUUGUUAUUCGAGGGAAAAGAGGGAGAGGGGUUCCAGUUUUAUUUAGCAAAGAUGUUCAAAAAGAUAUAGAUAUCUUAAUUUCUUUAAGACAUAAAUAUGUAAACACAGAUAAUGAUUUUUUAUUCUCUAAAGCUGGAGGAUCAGUUAUAUGUGGUUAUAGGACCAUAGAAAAAUACGCAAAAGCUUGUGGUGCAAAAAAUCCAAAAGCUUUAACUUCGACUCGACUUCGCAAACAUUUAGCGACUUUAACCCAGCUUUUUAAUAUGUCCGAAAACGACAUGGAACAAUUAGCUUCAUUCAUGGGCCAUACGAUGUCAAUUCAUAAACAAAAUUAUAGAUUACCGGAUGAUGUGUUCCAAACUGCUAAAAUUUCUAAGCUGUUACUUUUAAUGGAAACUGGAAACGCGGAUAUGUAUAAAGGUCACACUUUAGACGAAAUAAAUAUCAAUUUAGAAGAAGAAAUAAUUGGUGACGAUAUUCAAAAUGAGGAAAUUCUCGAUUACGAAAUGUUAGAACCCACUCCUCCUGUAAACAAAACUUCCUUAAAUUCAAUUGAUAGCUCUAAACAAUCAAUCCCAUUUUGUUCUAAUAAUGAAUCAGUUGAACAGAAGGUAAUAAAAAAGAAACGUGUGCUAGUUCCUUGGACACCACAACAAAAACGUGUAGUUUUAAAUUUCUUUUCGAAGCAUAUCAAGUCCAGAAAACCUCCAAAACGUGACGAAUGUGAAAACUUACGAAGUCAAUAUCCAGAACUUCUAAAUAAUAAAGAUUGGCUAAAAAUUAAAGUAUUUAUACAGAAUACAUAUACAAAACAAUAAGUAUGGAUAUAUUUCAGUACUACAACUUACUACAGAAAUUAUCGUUCACUUUUAUUACUUCAACUACUUUUAUCCUAUUUAUGCAGUUUAAGUACACUCAAUUUUUUUUUUCAAUAGGUGAAAUUUUCACAUUUCCACAUUGUCACUUUCAAAAGCUGAUAUCUGAAAAAUUUGCUACUUGUUUUUUCUGUUCAUUAUGAAGCUUACAUUAUUUCUCAGUUUAUAUAAUUAUUAGUAGAACCUGAAACUUUCAUAAUAUUCUUAUAGUUGAAAUUCAAUGUUUUUUAAUUAUAUUUCAUUGUUCAAUGUUUUUUACUUAUAUUUGUAACAUUUGUAUGCUACACUCUUGACAGAGUGGUCGUGGUGUGAUAUUAUGUCAGCUUGUACUUGUCUUUUACCUUUUCAAAAAUAAAUAAAUGCUUUAAUAUCGUA